CUGACCAGUCGAUGUCAGAUCGGGCAGGCUUUUAAUCGAACACCGACUAAAUGGCUGAGAGAAAAUGACCUCUGGUUUAGCUAGUUUACGUUAACUUUUAAACCAAAUUCUUACUGUCGCUAAGUGAGCGAGGAUUAACUUGUUGGAGGCACCGAGUUAUAUUUCGGUUAAAAAUGCUGAGGGUUCCAUCCGGAAGGCAGAUAAUAUUUGGGCUUCCUGUGUGGAGAUGCGUCCAGCAGAAAACCAGGCCACCUAACUACGCCACAGGAGCCCAGCUGUUUACUUCUCAAACAUCUUCGGGGGUUACACCACUUAAGCCAUCGUUCAGCAGUAGAUGUCGGAGCAUCGGGCCUACGACCUGGGUGCCGUCGCGUCUGCACUCAGAUUCCUCGGAGAAAGGAGACGGCAGCAGCGGCUUCAGCAUAAGGGCCCUCACACAGGCACCCAAACCGGCUCUGUACCUUGGAUUCUCUGGCCUCAUCCCGUUUCUCUCCGCCCCGCUGGUCAUGGCCGCCACCCAGUCCUUCUACCCUGAAGUAGCCUAUGCCCAGAUGGUGUACGGAGCCUCUAUAGUUUCCUUCCUCGGAGGCGCCCGCUGGGGUUUCGCCAUCCCUGCUGGGAGCCCCGCCAAGCCAGAUUGGAUGAACUUGGGAAACAGCGUGGUGCCAUCACUCCUGGCUUGGCUGGCGCUGCUCUGCAGGGAGAAUAUUACAGAAGGAACCCUGGUAGUUCUAAUGGGGCUGGGUCUGUCGCUGCAUUACGACCUGACCCUACUGCCAGGCUACCCCCACUGGUUCAGAGCCAUGAGAACUGUCCUCACCCUGGUCGCCACCUUCUCACUUGUUGCCACAUUGGUACUCAAAAAAGUCUGUGCAGAAAGGAAACUCAAAGAGUGGCCCUAAUCCUCUUCCGUAGUAAUGACCCCACUGAAGACUGAAGUAAACUUAAAUAAGGAUAAAGAGGUACCGGGAUUUACAGCAGGAUAUGUACAAAUAAAAAGUCCAGUGAAAAUAGAACAACUUGCUCAAGUUUCCAGUAAGAAAUGGAUCUGACACCAAGAACAACCGACGGAUGGAUCCACCAUCAAUCAGGCUCAAGAAGCACUGCAUUCAUCCAAACCAAACACACCCAGACUUCCUGAAGUCUGACUCAAAGAGACCAAUACAACUUUUGUUUUCAGGGUGAAAAGGUUUCCCGAUCAGCACGCUGAUGGUGGAAUAAGUUAGAUUCUCCUCUCCAUCCUGAGUAACGAUGAUUUAACAUCACUGAAGAUAAAGAGAAGCAAUUUGGGCACUUUUUUCCAGAACCAAGCUGUGCAGUAAAAAUGGAGACAUGUUAAAUAACAUUAGCUGUAAGGUGGCAGUCUGCCUCAGACCCCUGCAGUCUUUUUUCCGUUUAAAGGUGCAGCUUUAACCACAGUUGUUUGGAUAGCUCCGAUGCUCACAGUUUAAAGUCCGGGCUGUCAGAGCACAGCCAGCCCGCCGUCGCAGCGGCUGGUGAUCAUGUUGCCGACCUCAGUCCAAGUGUCCAGGUGAGGGUCGUAGAUCUCCACGGAGUCCAUCGUCACUGGUGCUGAGAAGUCGUUGCUGGCGGCGCGUCCGCCCACGGCGUACAGCAGCCCGUUGACCGCCGACACCGACACGCCUGUGCGCGGCGUAGACAUCGAGGCGACCUCCACCCACUUCUCCUGUGGAGACACAUCGCAGGCUGUGAGGAAAGUUCUCAAACACUUGCAUGUUUUGGCGUUACAUCAGCACAACCUCUUCAGGACAGUAUUUUUCCACCGUGUCCAGAGCGCCCAGGGCCUCGUUCCAGCCUCCCACAGCGUAUAUACAGUUGUUCAGGCAGGCAACGCCUACAUAGGCCCGGCGUUGGCUCAUCACCGGCAGGGCGCUCCAACGACGGGAUAUGGGAUCAUAAGCCUCCGCAGAGCGCAGCUCCCCUCCCUCAUCACUGAUCCCACCGAUCACAUAAAUCAAUCCUGAGCAGAGAUGAAAUUUUAGGUGUAAUAAAAGGCAAAAGUAGUAUUUGUUUAAAGCAAGAAAGAAGAAGAGAUAAUCAGACCCUGUAGCUCACAGCAGCCAAAGUAAUAGCGUGGAACUGCCAUGCUGCCGAUGACCUCCCACUUAUUGUCCUCUGGGUCAUAGCGCUCCAUGGUUUUGCCGAUCUCAGAUCCAACCCAACCGCCUAGAACCAAAGAAGCAUUUUUAGCUGUGCAAAAAUAUUUCUUCCAGUUUAACAUCGAUGUUUUGUCACAUUACAGCAAACAUUAACUUUUUAUUUUAGGACUUAAGGGGCCAGACCAUCAGAAAGUACUGAAUAACAGUACUUUUAUGUCUAAAUGUUUUACUUUAAAGUUAUAGAGGAGGAUGUUCUAUUUCCGGGUGGAUCAUCAAUAUAAGUGGUCCUCCUAAUUGUCAAUCAUUCUGGUGAUAUAUUUACGUAAGGCC